AAACAAUGAUCCAAAGCGUAUUCCCUCCCAACAACAAAUCAGACACCCUCUUUUCCCGCAGUGGGAAAUCAAAAAUGCAUACGAUCUUUAAACAACUAGAGAAAGAUCAAGAAGAGGAGGACAAUUAUCAUGCAAAGCCAACUGGCCAUGUUGAACAGAUGUGCCAACGGAUGGGUCUCUGGCAUCGUUCCCAAUCACAAAAUCAGCACGAUGAAGGAGAUGAUAAUAUUAGCCAUGACCAAGCAUCGAUAGUUGCAGAUAAGCAAUCACCAUCGAAAUUCAAGCUUAGGAGCCAGUCCAAGCCAUUUCGUUUUAGAAAGUCUAAGCUCACUUCAAGCUUUGUCUCUGAACCAAGAGAGGCAAAUUUUCAAAGAGUUCAGAAACAACUGAAUUCAACAAUGCCUGGGAAAUAUAAUCUAAAAUAUAAUUCUACAGAGAAAAAAGUCUUAGGAGCCAGCUUUGGUAAGAUUGGGGCAAAGAUUCAUAAGAGGCUUCAUGCCUCUACUGAGCAUUCUCCUAUCUGAGAGAAAGUCGUUAAAGCAUUGAAUUCCAGCCCUAAGAAGCAAUGGGCAAACAGAUCAGUUUAUGAGCAAAAUCAGGGACAAGAAAAAUUUCUAUAGAAGAAAAUAUUCAUACCUCUUGCAAGAAGAGAGGCGGAUCAAAAGCUAGCACUUCAAGAGUCAGACAUUUCAAACGCAGAUCUCCUUCUCACUGAUUGGCUACUCCGAGUAAAGAAUAUCAUUUGGUCAUUUCCAAUGCUGAUAAAUUCAUUGAUGUUUCUGGAAUUUCAGAUCUAAAUUCCAACAAAGGAGGUCUAUUAAAUUUUGAAAGGAUGAGUAAGAAACAAUACAUCAGCCCAAAAUAUGCCUCUUCAGAAAUCAAGCACUCAAAUCCUUGCUUUAACAAACUUGAUAUCAAAGAGGUAGUCAGGAAGGUCCCAAUUUUUGAUAUGAACAAGGCGCCACCAAGAUCAGACUAUCUUAACAAAUUAUGGGUGAAGAAGGAUCCUGGCUCCAAGAACCACACUGAUUAUGACAUAGCUAAAAGUUUUGAACUGAACAUCAAGAAAGUUUCUUCUCCAAGGUUUAAUAAGAUGAUGGAGCGGAGCCAUAUCAAUUCGAUCUAUUUCAGGACUGAUAAUAUCAAGAAUGACCUUGACAAUGAAAAGCUUCAUACAGGACUAAAAGCAACCAGUUAUAACAAGAAUGGAGCAUAUAUUAACUGGGAUAAGCAAAUGGAGAGGGAUGAUCUUCUGUACAACCAGACUGAAGCUAUGAAGAACAUUAGGAAUGAAAAUGCUAGGUAUAAAC